AUGCUUCCAACACCGGAUACUUCUCAUGUAUCCUUCGACACAAUCUACGAGCCAUCCGAGGACUCGUAUCUCUUCCUAGACACAUUGUCAUCAGCAUCCGAAUCAAAAUGGCUCAUUGAACGAUUCGACAAAACCAAGCAUACAUCACCAUUAGUGGUUGAAGUAGGCACAGGCUCAGGCGUAGUCCUCGGCUUCGCAGCCGCACAAUCCGAAAAGAUCUUCGGCCGACGCGAUAUCCUCACGCUAGGAACGGACGUGAAUCGAAAUGCGUGUCUCGCAACGCGGGAGACGGUAACGAAUGCCAUCAAGGCGGAGCAGCAGCCGAAUUCCCGCACUGUUCAUAUUUCUUCCUUAACGGCUGACCUGUGUGCGCCUCUACGUCCUGGGAGCGUUGAUGUUCUGCUUUUCAAUCCGCCUUAUGUUCCCACGGAGGAUUUGCCUCGUUUGCCCUGUGCUGUCGAUAAUGAUCCUGCUGCUACGGCGGCUAUGUCUCGCUCUGCCAAGUUUGAUAAUGAUUCUUACUUUUUGUCGUUAACUUAUGCUGGUGGUGCUGAUGGUAUGGAGACUACGGAUCGGUUGCUUGAUGCUAUUCCUGGGGUUUUGUCGACGCAUGGUGUGGCAUAUGUUUUGCUUUGCAAGCAAAAUAACCCUGAUGUUGUUAAGGAGCGGAUUCGUGGGUGGGAUGGGUGGCAGGCUGAGUCGGUGGGAUCGAGUGGGAUGCAGGCUGGGUGGGAGAACAUCAAAGCUAAUGUAUGGGGGCGCUGGAACUGCCCUUACAGUAGUGUUACUAUUGAGAUCGGCGGUGGCGCUUUUACGUGUGCCCUGACUAAGGCUCUUGAUAGGGUUGCGGAUAUCCCAGUGAAGAAGCUCACAACCAUUCUUGUUUUUUACAGCCUUGGCCCUCAUGGAAAUGGUAUGGUAUCGUACUUUACGUCUACUAUUGCCUCAAAGGGUGCCGAAUUGCUGAUCCCAACCACUAUCAAACUUGGCAUGGGGUCGUCACAAGAAGCUCUAGCCGACGCCUUCUUGGUUCAGAUGACUCAAAAUAAGGCCUCGAUAUUCAAUCGCAACAGACACGUAGUCAAGAUCAUCAGGCUGCCAUGA